CUGCUGUGACGUGUGCACGGAAAAUGGCCACGCAAACGAAAAGAAUCAUAACAUUGCGUCUGAAGCCGCUGUGCUCGUCCUCUUACCGGGCGAACGGCGCCGUUUAAUGUCGCUUCUCCGAUGGCGGCGGCUCCAAACUCUCUCUGACAAGCUGCAGGUCGGGAAAAAACAAACUUUAAUAUCAUGUGGCGGGUCGCUGUAGUGGGAGCUAACCGCCAGUAGCAGUAGCAGCGGGCAGCUAGCAAAUGGCUGCUCUGUCACUGAGCGAGAUGACAAGAAGACGAACGUCAUAUCGGUGCAGCUGCUAGAAACCUUCCCCCUGUAGUGCCAGCCAACAGCAUGUGACCUGGAAACACUCUGCUCUCUCUCUCUCUCUCUCUCUCUCUCUCUCUCUCUCACACACACACACACUCACUCACUCACUCACUCACUCACUCACACCAAAGAGUUUUUGUUGUUGUAAAUAAGUCAAGAUGCCUCGCCUGGACGAGCUGGCCAACGUCGCCCUCCGGGUGCCGAGCAUCCUGGUGCUGGACCUGCUGUACAAGUGUGACAUCGACGGUGUGACGGAGCACGUCCGGGCCAAGAACGAAGACAUGCUCUUCAAAUACAAAUACGUCAUCUGGAACAUGUACUACCUUGGUCACGUGAUGAACGUGGUGGUGUUGGUUCUGCCGUUGAGACACAUUGUGACGCUCUACCUCCACGUCCUCGCUGCCCUCCUCCUCUACAUGGGGCAUCAGGUUUCCAAGGACUAUGUUCGUGAGGAGCUGCACUACGGUUAUGAAGGAGCCGUGUACCUCGAUUAUCUGGCCUUCAACAGAUUUGUCUCCGCAAUGACCAGUCAGAUCAUUCUCAGCACGCUGUGCGCCUUCCUGAUGAGGACGAGGAAGGUGUGGCUCUUCUCCGCCCACGUGCUCCCCCUGCUGGCCAGACUCUGCACCGCUCCUCUCACAGCACUGCUGACGGUCAACACGUUCUCCAUGGGACUGACCGGAUCGGCCAUCGCCGUCUUCCUCCUCUCCAAUAUAUUUGUUCCGUAUCGCCUCGCGAAGGCUGCAUAUUCCGAGCUGCUUCAGGUGGAGGUGAUUGAGCUGUACAGACUGCUGGCUGUGGGAAUCUCUCUGUGGAACCAGUUUGCCGUCCCGGUGCUCUUCAGUGUCUUCUGGUUCGUCCUGUUUGUCGUCCAGUUGUUCUCCGACACCAUGGCUGGCAGCGCCACCUCGGCAUCCCACCAAGGAAUCUUCCUGCUCACGAGUGUGUCUGAAUGUUGUGCCACGCCGUACUCCCUCCUGGGCCUGACCUUCGUCGUGUCCUAUCUGGCUCUCGGGCUGCUCAACCUAUGCAAGUUCUACCUGGGAGGUCACGCAGCUGUUCAGAAUGAGAACGUCAUGCAUAGAGGUGUGACUGAGGGCGUCACCCUGCUGCUGCUCGCCCUCCAGACAGGUCUGUUAGACAUGCAGGUGCUGCAGCGCACCUUCCUCCUCAGCAUCAUCCUCUUCAUCGUGGUCACUUCAACCCUGCAGUCAAUGAUCGAAAUUACCGAUCCGGUCAUUCUCGCUCUGGGUGCAUCCCGCAACAGGAGUCUGUGGAAACACUUCCGCGGCCUUAGCAUGUGUCUGCUGCUGCUGGUUUUCCCCGUGUUCAUGGCUUAUAAGAUUUCCCUCUUCUUCCACAUGGACUUCUGGCUCCUCAUACUGGUGUCGAGCUGCAUGCUAACGUCCCUUCAGGUCACAGGCACGAUGCUGAUCUACUCCCUCUUCAUGGUGGAGCUGUUCCGCAGCGACCCGAUCGAGAGCCUGGACGAGGUGAUCUACUGGGUGAACGCCGUCAGCAGGGUGCUGGAGUUCGUGGUGGCGCUGUGCGUGGUGGCCUACGGCACCUGGGAGUCGCUGUUCGGCGAGUGGAGCUGGAUGGGCGCCUCCGUCAUCAUCAUCCACUCCUACUUCAACGUCUGGCUCAGGGGUCAGUCGGGAUGGAGGAGCUUCCUGCUCAGACAGGAAGCAGCCAAGAAGAUCAACUCCCUCCCCAGGGCCACGGCUCAGCAGCUGCAGCAGCACAACGACGUCUGCUCCAUCUGCUUCCAGGAGAUGAGCUCUGGCGUGAUCACGUACUGCCGACAUUUUUUUCACGGCAACUGCCUCCGCAAGUGGCUGUAUGUGCAGGAGACCUGCCCGAUGUGCCACCAGACAGUCAGACCCACCGGGCCGGUACAGGGCGAGGCUGCAGGCGAGGCUGCAGGCGAGGCUGCAGGCGAUGCUGCAGGCGAUGCUGCAGGCGAUGCGCCGGCAGAGAGAGACUCGGGACCAGAGGGGAUUCGAACCCCAGACGACGGCGCGCCCCAAGAGACGCAGAGCGACGACGUGACGCCUGAUCGCAUUGAGGAGCGGCAGCAGCGGGAGGAGGAGGCGAGGGGAACGUCUGAGGGCGGAGCUUGUGGGACAGAAGAUAAAGACGAACCAGCUGAACCUCGGGCCGCUCAAGGUCUUCGCUUCAGCUCCAGUGGGGACCUAAUUGGAUUUGUCAACCCGCCGUCAAGCUGCUCUUCGGGAGGCCUUCGUUGUUCCCAUGUGCGGCGGAGUCAAACUUCUCCUCCCCACGUGCACAACCCAGGUGAGGCCGGUGACAAAGACUCGCCACUUCCGGCGACUCCUGAUGACUUGAGUGAGAACAGAGUGGAGGAGCAGUGUGACUCUAGAGGAGCAGGACUUGAAGACGGUGCUACUUUUUGUCUUAGAGUGCCGCGAAACGGCAGCGCCGGUGAUCACGACAGCUGCGACGGGACACUGAAAUCCUGUACAAACCUCGAUUCAUCGAAAUCGAACGGUGCUGAUGAAGAAUCGAGAGGCUGCCUCACGUAGUGCGAGCCAAGCGUUUGUCAAAUCAUAUCAUAAAAUCUCUCAGAAGUCAAAAGAGGUAAUAAUGGUACAGAUUCAGACGUGGACCUGGGACGGGCUCAGAGAGGCCGAACCCCGUCCCACGCAUCCCAUCCCCCAACAAACAACUCCCCGGCCCCUGGCCUCCGGCCUCCGUCUUCCUCCAGACGCCACCUUCUCUUGCACAAGCACAGGUAACUGUGACCGACUGCCCUGCACCAGUGCCUUGGAGGGUGUCAAAGAGUGAAAAUCGCUGACCCUCCGUAACGGGGCGAAUAAAACACAUUUGCCUUUUUUCUCUGUGAACCAACAGAAAAAAACUGUCAUCUUUUAACCAGACAGGGCGAUGAAUGUGCUAGAGUUUAGCCAAUAACGUGCGUCUGGAUUAAAAGUACGGAAAUGAAAUUAACUGUAAGUUUACACCCUUAUUGUACAAUUGUAAAAAAAAAAAAAGGGAUAAUUAUAACUAUUAGAAAACGUGUGACUAUAAAAGCAAUCGAUAAUAUUUAUCAAAUUCUAAUUUCAUUUUCUUUCCACUACUCUCGCCGUUCUUACGUAAAACAUUUUUUUGUGUGGAAACAAUGUGGCAAAAAGGAAAAACUUCAGCAGCUCUGCAGCAGAAUCAGCCUUUUUGUACGACAAACAUUCUCCGUCUCCCAGUAUUGAAUUAUGGCUGUGGACAUUUUUUUUUUUACUGUAGUUUCUAACUUAAUAAAAAUCAUGACUGGUGCAAACUAA